GCCAUGUACUGUAACACAAGAAGUUAAAGAGGCAGAGGGGAAACAGCCACCCCUCAACUUCUAGCCCUUAACAAAGGCAGAGGCAGGCAGGGAUCUGUCAAGAGACACAGGCGCCGAGAGGGGAGGAAAACACAACUGGGGGGGGGGCGCGGAGAGAUCCAGGGAGGCCCAAUUAAUGGAGGAGGAACGUUUUGAGGAGGCGAGGGAGGGGGCAACUGAGCUCAGGCGGCCCCAGCGUUGCCCUAUUGGAUUACGUGGGGAUCUCGUUGCUGGUGAAGCAUAGUGGCGUGCAAGGUGCUCAUUGCCAUCUGCUUACAAAACAUACAUGAAUAAAGUGACACCCCAGACUCUUUCGAGCAAUUGAUAGGGGAAACUUUAACCUGAGAAUGAAGAGAGAAACACUCAGCAGAACCGUAUGAUUGAAACCACAGCCCAGCCCUCUGCUGUUGGACAAGGCUUUGUCCUUUUGCCCUGCACGACCGAUGUUGCAGUAAUUCAGAUGGAUCGCAGCAAGGAGGCAGAGAUGGAAUUACGAAGAUCCUCUAGUCCCAGCAAGGUAAACAAGAGUGACAUUGAUGGAGACAAGUCCAUGUGCCACAGCUGCUGCAUCUGUGGCAAGAGUUUUCCUUUUCAGAGCUCCCUGUCUCAGCACAUGAGGAAGCACACAGGAGAGAAGCCCUAUAAAUGUCCUUACUGCGACCAUAGAGCUUCCCAAAAGGGCAAUCUGAAGAUACACAUUCGGAGUCACAGAACAGGCACUUUAAGUCAGGGGCAUGAGGUGGAGAUGGGAGAAGCACAGCUUGGAGAGAUGGGAGUCUCAGAAGGCCUUGACGGAUGCACCAGCCCCACCAAAAGUACAUCUGCCUGCAACAAGAUUCUGAACGGGGCAACUCAGGCAGACAACAGCAAGAUUUUGUUGAGAAGCAGCAAGAAGGAGCUUGUCACAGAGGCAUCACCUGCAGAAGCUGACAAGCUACCCACUUAUCAGUGCAUCUUCUGCAAAAACAAGUUUGAGAGAAAGAAAGACCUGGACCAGCACCUACAUCAAGUCCAUAAGCCGUACAAAUGCAGGCUUUGUAGCUACAUGACAUUAAGAGAAGAGACCCUGUUAAACCACAUAGAGAAAGACCAUAUUACAGCUCAAAUUCCAAAUGGGGAAACUUACACCGAGAAUUGCAAGAGUGAGCUGAAUGCAGGGGAAUUUCCUUGUGAAGUCUGUGGUCAGGCCUUCAGUCAAACCUGGUUUCUCAAAGCUCACAUGAAAAAGCAUAGAGGAUCGUUUGAUCAUGGAUGCCACAUUUGUGGCAGAAGAUUUAAAGAACCCUGGUUUCUCAAAAACCACAUGAAAUCACACGGUCCAAAGACGGGGAGCAAAAACAAACCAAAAAAUGAUUUAGAGCCCAUAGCCACUAUUAAUAAUGUGAUUCAGGAGGAAACAAUUGUGACUGGCUUAUCUCUGUAUGAAGUUUGCACCAAGUGUGGGAAUCUGUUUACAAAUAUGGAAAGCCUAAAAGCACACAAUGCUGUACACUUGAGAGCUCAAAGAAGCAGUAUUGAGAACAAAGCUGAGGGGUUAAUUGAUGGAAACCUAGAUCCAUCUGUAAAUAAGCAAUUUUUCUUACAGUGCCUGAAUCUGAGGCCAGCUGUAGGGAUAGAUAGAGUUACAAAUGGACAGCCUGGAAAAAGGGUAGCUGAGCUGGAUCCAGUCAGUAGCUACCAGGCCUGGCAGCUGGCCACCAAAGGAAAAGUAGCGGAGCCUUCUGAGUAUGUUAAAUAUGUGGGAUGGGAUGAAGUCCUUGCUGAUGCAGAUGUGACUUAUGACAAGGAUAAAAGAGAGUAUAUUCUUGUCAGCCAGGAGAAGCGCAAGCGAGAUCAGGAUUCACCCAGCUCCUCCAGCAACCCCAAGAAGAAAAGCUGUGUCAGUGGGCGCUUGGAGAAGAACAGCAAUGUGCAACAAGGAGAAAACUGUAUCCUUGCCCAGGGCGACCUGGACUACAGACCCUCCUCAAGGCAGAGCAGAAGGGCAUCCCAAAACAAGUCCACCGAGUGCUUUGAGUGCGGAAAGAUUUUCCGCACCUACCACCAAAUGGUGCUCCAUUCGCGGGUGCACAGGAAAGAACGCAGGAGCUGCAGUGAGAGUGGAACCGUUGCUCAGCCAGACCGGUAUGGAUCCAGCAGUGAAGAAGGGGAUUCUGGUUCUGUUAGUGGACCAAGCACUCCAGGCUCAGCGUCUGCCCCAGAAGAUUCUGUGACCUCUGGAAUGGGUGAGGAGGGUGCUGAGGACAGCUCUGAGGAAGGAGUACCUGAACCAUCACUAGGUAAAAAGCCAUACCACUGCAGUUUUUCCGAAGAGGGGGCAAUGGUAACAUCUCAGGUAGAAGAGCUUCCUAAAUUUGGAAGGGACAAUGCCAGAGAAAAAGAUGUCAAUGAAUCUAAACCAGAGCUAUCAACUUUGGUAUCUACCCUGGAAAACAAUAUCAAACGGCCUUUUUCAAAGUAUGAAGCUCAGAGAAAUUCUUCAGACUUAAAGAUGCCAGCAUUUCAACCUAGACAAGAGCUUCCUUGCUCCAGUAGUACUGCUGACUUUGCUUCAGGAGUGGGCCAGACAUCUUUAGAUGCGGUAGUAGACUUGAAAACCUCAUUGGAAAAGCAGGCUGGUCACCCUAAAGAAAAUUUCUCAGACUUGUGCAGGGAGCACCCUGUUCUCGAAAAAGGGAGAGAGGCACAAGAAAUGGUUCCACUAGAUUUAAGUGAAAAAUCAACGAGGGCUGAUUCAUGCAAUAAGGGUUUUACCUCAUCUUUGCAGGCUGAUUUGAUUGUCCACCCUUGUCCUUACUGCAAUCAUAAGACCUAUUACCCUGAAGUCCUGUGGAUGCACAAAAAAAUUUGGCACAAAGUCAGCUGUAACUCGAUGGCUCCACCAUGGAUUCAACAAAAUGGAUUCAAGAGUAUAAAAAACAACUUGGUUUUUCUGGCAAGAAGUGGACGCACUGGUCCUCCUCCAUCCCUUGGUGGUAAAGAAUGCCCACCUUUGCCUGUUGCCAGGUUUACACGCACUCAAGUUCCAAGUGCGUUGCCAGGAUCCAAAAGCAAUUCUUCCCCUGUUGGGAUGACUACAAAGCCUGGUAGUAUGCAUCAGUCUAAGGACAGCCAUUCAUUUGGCCACUGUGGUUCACGGUCGUCAGGUCUUGAUGGGUACAGGCAGCCCAAAUCAAACCAUACCCAGGAGCAGCACAGUAUAGCAGCACAACAACCUCAGCUUAAAGCUAAAUAUGAAGUAAACUCCAAACUGAUGCAAGCGGGAAGCUUUAGCAGAAGCCUAACACCCACCCAGACAGUCGUAUCAAGGCCCACCUCACAGCCUGCCAACAGUAAACAGGUAGAGAAGUAUAUGAUUCCCCAAGGAAGUGCUGGUUUUCACCCUUCAAGUAAGCACUGUGCAUCUGACCCGAUAAAAGCCAAAUUCAACCCACCGCCUCAGUAUCACCCUCUGUGUAAAACUGAGCAGUACACUAAACAUGAAGAUCAGUCAGUGCCUCAAUGGGAAUCUCACACCAAGGCUGGGAAUGAGAUGAGGACAUUGGCAAACUGCACAACAGGAACAAGAGCGAGUCCACUAAUGCAGCCUCAGCCUAGCACAGCAGGAGCUUCUCCAGCUUUACACUCCAUCAAACAAGAACCAGCAUCAGAGGGGCACGAGAAACGUUUGGACAUUUUUUUUAAGACCUACAUUCCAAAGGACCUUGCUUCGUUGUACCAAACCUGGGGUGCCAAUAGCCCUGUGCUGGAUCAUGCAGGGAUGCUUAGGACACAAACACGCCAAGGAGACUAUGUCUGCAUAGAAUGUGGAAAAUGCUUUAACCAGCACAGUCACUUCCGUACUCAUAUGAGGUCCCACACAGUGGUAUUUGAGUCUAAUGGACUCCGAGGUACUGAAGUUCACACCACCUCCGCAGAUGCCCCAAAACAAGGGAGAGACCAUUCCAAUGCAGAUAUUGUCCAUACAGUGCCUCUCAGAAAGGGAACCUAAAAACACAUGUACCGUGUGUGCACUGGUUACCCUUUGACAACAGUCAGUACCCUGAUCGGCGAUUCCAACAACCACAAAGUGAUGAUCCCAACAACCCUGCAGAAGAACAGCUGGAAAACUUCCCUACAAGCCAUCAAAUCUCUGGAGUCACUGUGCUAGAGUGAAAACAGUGCUCUGCUAGAAUGGAGAUGCCUCUGCACUGUUAAUCAUUUUAAAAUAAAUGAAGAUGCUACACAAGAUAUAUAUAAAUUGACGUACUAAUCAGUCCCAUGGUUCCUUAUUUCCUUUAUAAUAAACAGUGGAGUUGGCAAGCACUGUGGCAGUGCAAGGCAUCUAUAUUAAUCAAGAUAAGUUUGAGACACUGGAAUAAUUAAACUAUAUGUGAUUUGGACAGCGUGAAGAAUUUAAGUACUAUAACAAAAACCUCCCUGAUGCUCAGAAUGACUAUUUGAUACAUUUGAAAAAUAGCAGUGGAUUUGGGGGCUGAACAAGUAUUAAUUAAUGAAACUGCCGCUGCUUGUCAUGAGGAAAAAUAAACUUUUAAAAAGGAGGACGGGGAGGGGGAAAGAGGUGGCAUUUGGUGCUUUGGAGAGCAGUGCUUGAUGAAGGACUAAAGAGAAGACCAUCAUUCUACAAUGGUUUGUUUCAUUACAGUUUGGGGACCACUUGCAUUUCUAAGUCUCUUGUUCUUGACUGCGCACCAUUAAUAGUAUGUGAAUAUGGAAAUUGAAACACUUCCACAGAAAUGCUUAUAUUCUGCUUUGGAAAAGAAAAAGCUGGUUGAACACUAAGAAAAAUAGGCUUUGGUGUUUUACUCUCAGGACCUUUUUUGUAACAGGGCUACUUUCUUUGACCUGAUCACAAAGGAAGUCUGCACAUUUAAAAAAAUUAUUCAGCUGUUUAAAGCCGCUGAUCUGUACGUUUUUAAUAGAAAAGGAGUCGCUGAACAAGUUCAGGCUGACCUAGGCCCUUAGGGUACUGUACGCUCCUGUAUUUUUGUUCAGCAAGCCUGUUACCCUUCCUUUCUGGGCUUGGUGACAUUUUGAAAAGAUGACUAACUUCUUUUGUGGUGGCAGGUUAAUGUUCAUAUAAUGUGUCAUGUCUUGUACUUGGUGAUCACUGGUGGUGUUAGGAGGGAAAAAAAGAGCUUUAUAUACCUCUUCUACAGUAACUCUUUUAAAUGCAAGUUUUCAAGGUGGAGGUUGUGGCACAUAGGUUGGUAAACCAUGCAGUGUAAGCAAUUAACAAAAUGUAUUCCACAGAUAUAAAUAUUUUCUUUUCUCAUUGCUGUGACACUAUGUGUGAUGGUAAUAUUUCUGAGAGUUUCAGAUUUUGCACAUAUAAUUUUAUGCAUUAUCAAAAGUUACUGCUGCCUUGAAAGAAAAUGUUCUGUGAAAUUUUUUGCAAAAGCUUUACUAGGUGUUUUUUUUUAAUUGUAACAUUUUGUAAAGGCAGGAAAUGGAUUUAAAAAACUCGCAUGCUAAUUAUAUUUUUCAAAAAAAGCAAUAAUUUUACAUGUACAGAAAUGAUGCUAACCUUUAAUACCGGCGAGAGCAACAGUUUACUUAAUACAAUAAUGGAAUAGUGCUGUUUUUGUAGUAAAUGGGCUUCUGACACAAAGAUUUGUUUAAAAAAAAAAAACAAAAAACAUAAAGCGUGAUUUUUCUGUUCUAACCAUUUUUUUUGUUUGCUUGUUUUUUUGUAGGUUUUUUUUUUUUUUUUUUUUUUGGUUUGGUUUCAAACCUAGUCAAUAAUUGGUUCUGGCUAUUACUUGUUACUUGUUGUGAAUUACUUGACAGUUCUUGUUACUUUGCAACACUUGCAAAAAUGCAAAUAUAACUUUAUGUAAUUUUUUUUACUAAUUUUUCCUCAUACUUUUACACCAGAUGUAUAGCAGAAUUCUCUGUAGUCCUGGUGUAGUUAGGAAUGUCUGUGCAAAUACUUAUAAGUGACUGUCAUUGACUGUUUUGUAAAGUUAUUUUGAGGGAAGUCGCCAGACACAUUCCACUGUGUACACGCACACAGACACAUACACACAAAAUUGCUGUGUGGAUUAAUGACUGAUCAUCAUUUUGGGGUUUGCACUAGCUUUUUUGGUUGCUUUCUGAGUCAUUUUUUUCUUGGAUAAAAGUAAUGAUGACAGUUCAGGAAUGCACGAAAGCUAGUUGCUUAUCUUAUUUGUUUGUGUUUUAGUUAUUAAAAUCUCUUCUGUACCCAAAAUGGCACAAAAGUGUAGUGUACAUUUGUAAUUUUUUUAAAAUUUUUUUUCCUGUUUUGCAAGCUGAUACGGAAAAUCAUAGUUAAUAUUUAGAGCAAAUGUUGCUUUCUGGAAGCUUUUUUCCAGAAUACCUGACAGAGACGAGGAUAGUGCUGUCACUGCCAUUACCGGGGUACUAAUCAGCAAAGUUACAAUCAUAAUUUAGCUACAUGAAGAACAACAGUAAGGGAAAUCAGUUUAAAUAAUUAUAUGCUGUGUAUAGCACAGAAAUGAGAUUUUCACUAAAUUAAACAGGAAAUGGGAGGAGUUGGUGAGGGAAAGCCAACCUCAAAGACCAGCCACUUUCAGAUGUGAAUCAUAGGCUUUCUUGUUCUUUCUUUAUCAUUGUAUUGUAUUGAUUUUUUUAAUUCAGUUAGACCAUAGUAUUUAAAAUGUUUUGUGUUCUUUAUUUAUUUAGUUAAUUGGUUUUGAUCAGCUUUUUUAAACAGCAUGAUGAAUUUUUAGCAUGACACACUCCUGUAAGCCAUCUUCUGACUGUUACAGACUUUCUACUACCUCUACCAAUCUACUGUUUCCUCUCCUUAACAGGUUUUUACAGUGUUGCAGUCUAAUGUAACUUAGCCAAUAAAGGGUAUGAUUAUCUGUAUUGCAGAUUCUCAGUG